AUGCUGGUGGGCACCAGGCUCCAGCGGCGGAGGCGGCAGCUGCAGCAGCCCCGGCGGCGGCAGCCUCUUCUCUGGCCGAUGAAUGCAGACCCGCCGCCGCCGCCGCCGCCGCCCUGGGUUUGGAUGGUCCCUGGCUCGGCCGGGCUGCUCCGGCUGGGCGCCGGGGUCGCUCCCCCGCCAGUGCUGCUCGCCUCGGCCCAGCCCCCCGCCGCCCCUCUGCUCCCGGGGCCGCCCGGCUGGCAAGCCGCGGGCGAGCCCCUGCUGCCUCUGCUGCCGCUGCCCUCUGCGCCAGACCACGCCGCCGCCGCCGUGCACCACUACCCCUUGCUCAACGGGCAGUGGCUUUUUGGUGGUCCUUCUCCAUCAGUUGGACUGUCUCCCUCUUCCACUGUGGAAUUGGUGCCCAUUUUCCCACAUGUCUGCCCAUCUGCUCUUCCACCUCUUGUUGGGAAAAGUUGGAUAGACAAAAGGAUACCUAAUUGUAAGAUCAUUUUUAAUAACGCCUUUGCUCUGGACUCAACGUGGAUAUAUCCUGAAGAACUGAGAUUAUUCCAUGGGCUCGAAAAACCUCAACUGCUGGCAAACCAAGUGCCGACGUCCCUGAGCGGGCCAGCCCCGGCAUCCCGGCCGCGCCCCGCGGUGCGGUCAGCGCCUCGGCCUGCGCCAGGUGGCUGCCACAACAGUCUCAAGCCUGUCGGCAACGGCCCCACCAUUGCCAUCGCCGCCGCCGCAGCCAUGGUCUCCGUGGACCCGGAGGGGCUGGGGGGCCCGGCCCCCUCCAGCGUGCAGCCCUGCCACUUUCUGACGUUGGCACCCAUCAAAAUACCCCUGCGGACCGCACCCUUCUCCGAUAAAAGCAGGGAGCGCGGCCGAGCGCCCUGCCCUCCGGCCCCGACGCUGCAGGCGGAGAGGAGGAGCCCGGCGGGGGACACGGAGGACAAGGAGCCUCCUUCGAUCCUAGUGACAGGAGAGGACAGCGCAGCCAAAGGCACGAGACCCGUGGCCUCCACCCCAGUGCCCGGAUCCCCCUGGUGUGUGGUGUGGACGGGCGACGACCGAGUUUUCUUCUUCAACCCGACGAUGCAGCUGUCAGUCUGGGAGAAGCCUGUGGACCUGCGGAACCGCGGGGACCUCAACAGGAUCAUCGAAGACCCUCCCCACAAGCGCAAACUGGAGGCCACAACAACCAACCACAGCGACGGGUCAAGUUCUGAAGACGGCAGGGAAGACCCAAACCUGAAGACCAAGAGGAAUCGGACGGAAGGCCUCGCGAGUCCCGGGCCUGAGGAGGCAGAGAGAGAGGACCCGGGCGCCAAGACGCCACCGCCUGCCCAGAUCCUCCUGCCCCUGGAGGAGCGGGCGACCCACUUCCGAGACAUGCUUCUGGAGAGAGGGGUGUCAGCGUUUUCCACCUGGGAGAAAGAACUACACAAAAUCGUGUUCGACCCGCGCUAUCUCCUGCUCAACCCCGAGGAGCGCAGACAGAUAUUCGAACAGUUUGUCAAGACCAGAAUAAAAGAAGAAUACAAGGAGAAGAAAAGCAAAUUGCUGCUAGCCAAAGAGGAAUUCAAGAAGCUUCUGGAGGAGUCGAAGCUGUCACCCAGGACCACGUUUAAGGAGUUUGCUGAGAAGUACGGCCGGGACCAGAGGUUUCGACUUGUCCCGAAAAAGAAGGACCAGGAGCAUUUUUUUAACCAAUUCAUACUUAUUCUCAAGAAGCGGGAUAAGGAGAACAGACUCAGGCUGCGGAGAAUGAGAUGAGUGCGCACAGAGGCAAUAAGGCUGAGAG